GCUCAUCACCUCCCCCGACCCAAAUCCUUGACAGCCCUGCCCUCUUCCUUUUCCACAUCUUGGUAUCUGCCUUUCUCCUAUGCCCUUGACCUGUCAUCUCUCCUGGCCCUGGCAGCACCUCCAACCGGUCACACCCCCUCCACUCCCGGUGCUGAGCCACGUUUUUAAAAUGCAAAUCUGGCAUUGUCACUCCCUACUUAAGCCUUCUGUGGCUUGCCGUGCCCUCGAGGUAAAGCCUGCCCUGGAGCCCAGGCUCAGCCUCGCGGGCUGCCCCUCCUCCGAUCACACUGUGCUGGUCCCUCCUCCUGUUCCUUACCCAUGCGGAGCCCCUAUCUGGAACUCUGCCUACAUUCCUUCCUCGGAGAGACCUACCUUCACCCCAGCCGUACCCUGUCCCACCCUUCAGACCCUCCAUCCCAGCACCCCACUCUAUUUGUCCUCCCUGCUCAAUUCAGAGCUUCAAGAGGGCAGCAGUUGUAUAAGUCUUGCUUCCUGCAUGCGCGAGUGCCUGCCACAGUGUUUGGCACAUAUGUGAGCUUAGUGCGUAUUUGUUGAAUGAAUGAAUGAGAGAGGGAAGAAGGCCCCACUUAGGUGGAGGAAGCAGUCAUUGUCAGGUGCAGUUUCCCUUCUGCAGGAACAAGUGCCUCAUGUAGCCAGCAAACAUUUGGCACCUAUCCAGUGCCAGGUCCUGGAGGCCAAAGCCGAGGAGCUGUCCCCUCCCCCAGCUCUCCUUCAGAGGGAUGGUUGGGGAGGAGGUGCCAAGGCUUUCGGUCUGCCCUCUCAGGGCCACCCAGGCUGGUUUUUCAGUGGGGGCUAGAGGUGCUGGGAGGUGCCCUCCCCUUCUCCCAGGAAGUUCCUGAGGGACAGGGGUCAUGUGACCCCAAGUGUUUUGGGGGGACUGGCCAAGGCCUGGGGCUCUGAGGUUAAAGGACACAUUCUUCAGAUUCCUGAAGGGGGAUGGAGGCAGCUAAAGGUGCCCCCUCCCUAAGACUGGCUUGGGUUGAGGCCUGGGGCACUGGUAGGACUGCUGAGGUAGACAGAGGAGUUGCUGUGACGUUUUCAAGCCCCGCCCCCACUUCUCAAAAACAGCCUUUGGUUGCUUGGUGCCCAGGGGUGAGGUGGCCUUUCCUGGAUUUGCACAGUGUGACCUGAGCGUGUGGAUAACUGUGGCCAGUUGAGUGGGGGGUUGUCAGUGCCUGUGUGUGGUGGCAGGAGGGCUGCCUGAUUGUCAGGGCUCAGAUCCCAGAAGAAGCCUGGCUCUCAGAUUCAGGGCCCGUCUCUGGGGUUCCUCGGCGGUGUGGUAUUUCUGUCUGAGCCAGCUCCUGGGAACUGCUUUUCCUUCCUCCAGGACCCUAGGGAGGGGGCUGUGCUCACCCUGGGAACACUGCCAUGGUCAGGAUCUUGAUUCCUGGGUAGCUGCUGAGGGCCCCUCCCCCCACCUCUGACUCACUGUCUGACACUUUUCUUAGAUUCUCACUAUGUUUCAUUCCCUCUUGGCCUCUCCUUGUCUCUGGCUCAGUCUUUUUGUUUCAUCUCCUGCCUCUGCCUCUUAGCCUCUGGAUUCCGAGGUGGAACAGAGGAACAUGAGAACCAGGGGCACUUCCCCCGCCUCUCCAGAGGAGUAUCAGGGAGGAGGUAAUUUCUCAUUUCAUUCCCGCUCUGCAGAUUUGGAGGGGAUUGUUCAUCACUAGAACCUGCAGCAUGACCGUAGCUUCCCUGUGUCUCUGUUUCCCUGUCUGUAGGCUUGGAGGUCAUAACCUCCUCACCUUAAGUUCUCUUUCUGUGGCGAUCCCUUAGGCAGAGCCGCAGUGCGUGGCUGAGCCUGCUUUCCUGACAUCUCUCUCCAUCUGUUUCCUCUUGGGGGACCAGGGAGCCUCCUGGGAUUGCCUACAUUGGCACCUGCCUGCAGCCUGAGCUUCCCUCUCCUGCCACCAGAGCCACCCUUUUUGAGCACCAUUCUUGCUUGUACCCUCUGGCACAGCUGGGGGAUAGACAUGUGACUCUCCUCCUGCCCCUCUUAAAUUAACUGUGACAGGAGCAGGAGAAGGUCACACUGACCAGUCGCCCUCAGCAGCCUCAUGUGCGUAAGAUUGCCUGUGCAGUUGGGUCUAUAUCCGAUAUGCAGGGCUGGUCUGCUUACCUCUGGUAUUAUCAGGUGCCUUCUCUAUGCCAGACUCUGUCCUAGACAUGGGCACAGGGGCAGCCAGAGAGAAAUGCCCUCAGUGUGAGGCAGAUGAGCAAUGAGGCCCUUGCAGUCUGAUCAGACAAAGUCUGUGAUAGGGAAAUACCAGGGUUUUUGGGAGCUGUUUUACUUUGGGCUGCUAUAAUAGAAAGUCCAUAGACUGGGUUGCUUAAACAAAAUAUUUAUUUUUCACACCUUGGGAGGUUGUGAAGUCCAAGAUCAAGGCUCUAGUCAGCCUGAUGAAGUCUGCCUUCUUGGCUCACAGAUGGACACCUUCUUGCUGGGUCUGAGCUCACAUGUUGGAGAGGGAGACCAUCUCUUUUGUGUCACUUCUUAUAAAGGCUGUCUGUCCCCAGACCCCAGAGCACGUCCGGCACCACCAUGACUGGGCUGUUGAAGAGGAAAUUUGACCAGCUGGAUGAGGACAACUCCUCGGUCUCCUCCUCCUCCUCUUCCUCUUCCUCUGGGUGCCAGUCUCGCUCCUGCUCCCCAAGCUCUUCUGUCUCCCGUGCCUGGGACUCAGAGGAGGAAGGCCCCUGGGAUCAGAUGCCCCUGCCUGACCGUGACUUCUGUGGCCCCAGAAGUUUCACCCCCCUGUCUAUCCUGAAGCGGGCUCGCCGGGAGCGCCCAGGCCGUGUAGCCUUUGAUGGGAUCACCGUCUUCUACUUCCCCCGCUGCCAGGGCUUCACCAGUGUGCCCAGCCGUGGUGGCUGUACUCUGGGUAUGGCCCCUCGCCACAGUGCCUGCCGUCGCUUCUCUUUGGCUGAGUUUGCGCAGGAGCAAGCCCGUGCACGGCACGAGAAGCUCCGCCAGCGCUUGAAAGAGGAGAAGUUGGAGAUGCUGCAGUGGAAGCUUUCGGCAGCUGGGGUACCCAAGGCAGAGGCAGGGCUGCCACCUGUGGUGGAUGCCAUUGAUGACGCCUCUGUGGAGGAGGACUUGGCAGUCGCUGUGGCAGGUGGCCGGUUGGAAGAAGUGAGCUUCCUACAGCCGUACCCAGCCCGGCGACGUCGAGCUCUGCUGAGGGCUUCAGGUGUGCGAAGGAUCGAUCGGGAGGAGAAGCGGGAGCUGCAGGCACUGCGCCAAUCCCGGGAGGAUUGUGGCUGUCACUGCGAUAGGAUCUGCGACCCUGAGACCUGCAGCUGCAGCCUGGCAGGCAUCAAGUGCCAGAUGGACCACACAGCAUUCCCCUGUGGCUGCUGCAGGGAGGGCUGUGAGAACCCCAUGGGCCGUGUGGAAUUUAAUCAGGCAAGAGUUCAGACCCAUUUCAUCCACACACUCACCCGCCUGCAGUUGGAACAGGAGGCUGAGAGCUUUAGGGAGCUGGAGGCCCCUGCCCAGGGCAGCCCACCCAGCCCUGGUGAGGAGGCCCUGGUCCCUACUUUCCCACUGGCCAAGCCCCCCAUGAACAAUGAGCUGGGAGACAACAGCUGCAGCAGCGACAUGACUGAUUCUUCCACAGCAUCUUCAUCAGCAUCAGGCACUAGUGAGGCUCCUGACUGCCCCACCCACCCAGGCCUGCCUGGCCCUGGCUUCCAGCCUGGCGUUGAUGAUGACAGCCUGGCACGCAUCUUGAGUUUCAGUGACUCUGACUUCGGUGGGGAGGAGGAGGAAGAGGAGGAAGGGAGUGUGGGGAACCUGGACAACCUCAGCUGCUUCCAUCCAGCUGACAUCUUUGGUACUAGUGACCCUGGUGGCCUGGCCAGCUGGACCCACAGCUAUUCUGGCUGUAGCUUCACAUCAGGCAUCCUGGAUGAGAAUGCCAACCUGGAUGCCAGCUGCUUCCUAAAUGGUGGCCUUGAAGGGUCAAGGGAAGGCAGCCUUCCUGGCACCUCAGUGCCACCCAGCAUGGACGCUGGCCGGAGUAGCUCAGUGGAUCUCAGCUUGUCUUCUUGUGACUCCUUUGAGUUACUCCAGGCUCUGCCAGAUUAUAGUCUGGGGCCUCACUACACAUCACAGAAGGUGUCUGACAGCCUGGACAACAUCGAGGCACCUCACUUCCCCCUGCCUGGCCUGUCUCCACCUGGGGAUGCCAGCAGUUGCUUCCUGGAGUCCCUCAUGGGCUUCUCCGAGCCAGCCGCCGAAGCCCUAGAUCCCUUUAUUGACAGCCAGUUUGAGGACACUGUCCCAGCAUCUCUAAUGGAGCCUGUGCCGGUGUGAGGACCAGGAUGCCUUUUCCCAGCCCCAAGAGACCUGUUGCUGCUUUCUUGUAAUUAUGGGGCUCCCCAGAGUCUGCGUAACAGUCUCCCACUGGCUGGCUCACCCACAGGUGCCAUGUGCACACUCCUGGUUUUCAAACAAUUCUCUGGAUUUAUUUAUUUGUUUUAACUUUUCUGUGCUGAAGAGAGGACUGGGGGGAGGGGGCUUCCCCUUUCAGCUGCCCGGCCCCCGACACCCACAGCUUGCUCUUCUAUCUCCACAACGUGAGCCUGGAAGAGGAGAAAAUGUGGCUCCUCUGGAGCUUGGCAGACCACUUUUCGGUCUUUGCGUGAUGUUCCUUAGCCCAAAGACGGUGAGACAGGGCUGAAAUCAGGCGGCUUCUGCCACCCUGAGCCCUAGACCCAUGGGUGGCUAAAUCCACUGGACUGUGAAGACUAUAAUUUAUUUCCAUAAUUUAUUUGGAGAUUGAGGAGGCUUUGGUUGCACCUCUUUGGCUGGUGGGUAAUGCCAGGGGUGGGGUGGGCACAGGCCCUCAAGAGCCCCUUUGGCCUUGUAGUCCUACACCUUGCCCUGCCUGGGCUUUGGUGCAGACUAGGUGUGGAUUUGAGCUCUGUGAUCUAUGUCUGCUGCCUGGCUCCUAGAUGGCUUUGCGGGCAGGUGCUGGCCAAGGACAUCAUCUAGGCAGGGGGAGAGCCUGGGCUGAACAGCUGUGACCAAAACUCCCUUCUGCCCCACCCUGCCCCCUCCACUUCCUGCCCUCUGUUCCAUCUUCCCCCUUCCCAAAGGCCACAGCCUUUAUUCCAGGCCCAGGGAUGUAGGAGGGGGAAGGAGGAAACAGGAAGCCCAGAGAGGGCAAAGGGCCUACCUCGGGGCGCGAACCAUGCCCCAGACUAUUAUCUCAGGGCUUUCUGGGCACUGCACUUCAGCCUGGCCCACCUGCCCAUGCCCUGAGGCCAGUUGGCGAGGGGUGGCUCCUGAGGGUUUUUAUACCCUUUGUUUGCUAAUGUUUGAUUUUGCAUCAUAAUUUCUACAUUGUCCCUGAGUGUCAGAACUAUAAUUUAUUCCAUUUCUCUCUGUGUCUGUGCCAAGAAACGCAGGCUCUGGGCCUGCCCCCUUGCCCAGGAGGCCUUGCCAGCCUGUGUGCUUGUGGGAACACCUUGUACCUGAGCUUACAGGUACCAAUAAAGAGGCUUUAUUUUUA